UAUGUGUCAAAUUAGAUAUAAAUAUUCGUUCGAAUUGUUCGCACGAGUUUAAAUACGAUACGAAAUAACAGAAAAAUACAUUAUUUGGAUACAAAAAGUUACGAUCUAAAAAAAUGCCACUCAAUGCUAAGUUGGUGCUACCAGUAGCACUUGGUUUCUCAAUAGUCACCGUCACAGCAUUUGUUGUCUACUAUGUGUUCAAGAAGGAUGAGGAAACUGAUAAAUCCGUGAAAACAUCUAGAGUGAAUGUGAUUGAAGUGCAUGUGCCUAAAAGUAUUGUUCCUGCUCUGAUUGGUAGAAACGGUUCAAACAUAAAAGAGAUAGAGAAUAAAUCUGGUGCUCUAAUUCAUUUCAAGAAGUUUACCGAUAAAGAGUACGAUGUAUGUAUUAUCAGGGGACGGACAAAUGCUACCCAACUUGCUGAGGCGAUGGUACAUGAUUUUAUCAAACAACAGCCUGCUAUUGUAGAGGACUUCAUGGAGGUACCUGGGUGGUCAGUUGGACGAAUCAUUGGUACAGGCGGUGAAAACAUACAUGAUAUAAGUCACCUGAGUGGUGCGAGAGUGAAGGUCGAGAGUGCGGCGGGAGGCGGCAGCAACGAGUUGAAGAGAAUCACUUUCCGAGGCACCAAGGAGCAGAUCGAACAAGCAAAGAAACUUAUUGAUAAUUGUGUGGCCCAAGAGAAGUGCCGUCGCGAAGUCGAGCAAGCGAAGCGCCCCCGCCUGCCGCUCAGCAUCCCGGCGGCUUCGCCCCCGACCGCCACCACGGACACAGGUGACACCGCCAAGCGUGUGCGAUACAAGCGCACGGACACGAGCUCUUCGAUAGAAGUGUACGUGUCGGCAGUGUCGUCACCGUCCCGAUUCUGGGUGCAAUUUGUUGGCCCACAAGUCGCACAACUAGACGAACUAGUCGCGCACAUGACGGACUAUUACAACAACAAGGACAAUCGAAGCGCACAUGCUUUAAAAUCCGUGUCCGUUGGUCAAGUGGUAGCGGCUGUGUUCCGCCACGACGGGCGCUGGUACCGCGCCCGCGUCGACGACCUGCGGCCGAACGAGUUCGACGCCACGCAACAGGUGGCUGACGUAUUCUACUUAGACUACGGCGACAGCGAAUAUGUUGCGACUCACGAGCUGUGCGAACUGCGAGCUGAUCUGCUUCGACUGAGAUUCCAGGCGAUGGAGUGCUUCCUGGCGGGCGUGAAGCCGGCGUCGGCUGAGGAGACUCCGCCGGAACAGUGGCCCAAGUGGCAUCCGCAGGCUGUCGAGCGGUUUGAAGAACUUACACAGGUCGCAAGAUGGAAGCCGCUGUUGUCCAAAACAUGCACGUAUAAGAGAACGGCCUCUAUGAGAGGGGAUAUGGACAAGGAGAUACCCGGGAUCAAGCUAUAUGACGUUACUGAUGAAGGUUCCAUAGACAUCGGCGAGACGCUGCUGGCCGAGGGCUGGGCGGUGGCCAGCGCGUCGCCGGCCAACACUCCACACCACAACACGCCAUUUGGGGAUCUGUCUAAUUCUAGGGUGUUGGGUAUGCUGAGUCCGCGCGCUAUGUCUAUGCCCAAAGACCACAAAGAUGAUCGGGAUAAAACUCCAAUUACACCCGAUAAUCUAAAAGAUAAUCCAACAUCAAAAUCAAUGUCCGCCGGGCUAGAAGCGGCGGACAAAGUGAAAUCUGUAUCCAACUUCGACCUAUCGUACGACACGACGAAAUUAUCGGAACGACCGCACGUGAACGGGUCGCACGACUUUAUCGCGUCGGAACGACAAAAUGUCGAGAGGGAUUUGGCGCCAAAUUCGCCGACGUUGACCAAAGACUUGCGGGACGAGUUCAAAGCGAACAUGAAUAGAAUAGACUCGCACCACAGCAACUUGGACGCUCUGGGGAGACAUGAGAAAUAGCCUUAUAUGUCAGUUAUAAUACCCCCGGGAAAUGUUUUAAAGUACCAGAAAAAUUUUAAUUUCUUUUUUCGCUGAAUCUCUAUUUUUUUAGCCAUAUUACUUGAGUAUGAUCAUUCUUCAAUGACUAAAUUUAUAGAAGUUAAAUUUUUUGCCUACUGUUAUAAAAAGUUGAGUAUUUUUUAUAAUAUAAAUUAAAUUGAUAAUGUGACCCAUUUUUCUGGUACAUUUAAAAUGAUGAUGUAUAUUGUUUUGAAAUAAAUACACAUGAUCUGUAAAAAUCGACGUCAAAAAUAAUGAUAUUUAUCGUUCGUCUUGAAUAGUUAAAGUAAAUAAUGAAAGUUAUCAUCUUAUUACGUUGCUAUAAGAACACAAUUAGAAUGAUGUGAUUGUCUUUACAACGAAAUUUUAUAGUAUUUGCACACCACAGAAAAAUCUGUUCAAUUGAUGUAACUUUCGUGAAAAGGGUCAAGUUAGGCGACACUAUCUAAAUUUUAUCUAAUUUUUAACGUAACCAGAAAGAAUAGAAGACUGGUAGAGUUAUUCAAGGAGUCCAGGGCAGACUCAUACUAUAACCCUUAACAACACGCACACUAAUCUAAUCUAAUAUCCAUAUUUAAUGAUCUGAUACAAUCCGUAGAUCAUAUAACAGAAAAACCCAUAUGUUGUCUCAUUUCUACCAGGUAAAAAAAAACGACAUUGAUAAAUCGAAAAAAAAUAUUAAAGAAAAACCAAACAAAAGAAAUCAAUUCGCUGAAUAAAAGUGAAUGUGUUUGUACAAAAUAUAAAAAAUACAUUUAUUUAUUAUAAUGUAACGAAAUUGCAUUAAAUACUUAGAACUUAUUGUAUAAGAUGGUGCGAAUAUAGUGAAACUUAAAUAAUAAUACUUACGUAAUAUAACUUUCAAUUUCUUUAACACAAAACCUGGUGCUUGAUUUUCUACAAUUUACUUAAUAUUACGUAAAAAAAAAACUUAUUUAUAUAUUUGUAAAAUUUACUUAUUUUUCGAUUGAAAAGUAACAUUAUUUUUCAAUACUAACCCACCUUAGAUAUAUUUGUAAAUAACAUUAUGUAAGAAAACAUGUGCAUAUUAUGUUGUGUACAAUAGCGUAGAUCCUAAUUUAUCUGUGAUUGCCGAUUAUAGUGUGUAGUUAGUAGUUUAGCGCCUUUUUAACUGUCAUUUUUAUUUUUUAUCUGUUAAGUAGUCGUAACGUGCGACAGCAUUUUGUUUUCUAUUGUAGUCCAUUAAUGUAUGCGUAAAAAACAAAAUAAAAAAUAAACAAAUGUGGUGCUAACAAUUUGUAUACUAGAUAUAGUUAAAAAUAGUUUCUUUUCGUUUGUUUUAUUUGCGUACAUAAUCUGUUGUCUUGUUGACGUUAUCGUUGUUAAAUGUAUUAGAUUUUAGUACUUAUUUAGAAAAAUGGUUGUAUAUGAUCUGCUUAAACAUUAUACUAAAGUACAUACAGCGUAAUAUUUUACACUAAGUACUGUUCCGAAUUAUUUAAGUAAAGAGUAUUGGUAUAUUGUUUUUUGUGCGAUAUUUUCAAAAGUCGCUUUUUAUAAAUGAGGAUUUAUAUUCAUGUUUCAUGAAACUAAAAUUCUCAUCUAUAAAGCAUUUGAAUGCUAUAAAACUAAAAUUGCUUUAGUAAAAAAUUCUAAACAUUACCUCGAAUUUUUAAUACGGAAUUGCAAAUUGAAAUAAGGAGUACGUAAUUUUGAUACAAUCUUGAUUCGUCGGUGUUGCAAAAACAUAAUUGUUUUUCUCUGUUAUAAGUAAUACAUAUCUGUGACAAAAAAAUCUGUAAAUUAAAAAAAAAAUGUAUCUACCAUAUCACCUGGCACGUAUUUUUUUGCGAAAAUGCGAAUACCCGUUUUUUUUAAUAUUAUAAUUUAUAAGGCUACGUAAUAGGUACAAACGUUUUUUUAUACGUUGUAUUGUUUUUAAGAUGUUUAAACUCGAAUAGUCUAUAUGGAAUAUUUUCUAUGUGUUUGACAUAAUAAAUAAGUUGAUAAAAUAA